AAUCCGAAGUUGCAGGAUGAUAUCGACAGAAACCUUAAAUUACGUGAGGGUGCAGCUCGAAUUUUAGGCAUGGCUGCCAACACAAUCCAACGUCUUGAUGCUGCUAAAACUAUCCUAGUCAGCAAUGCUCGUCUCGUCGUCUCUAUGCAACAGCUUCAACGUGAAAAAACCAGUGAAGCCACAGCUGCAGUUACUCCGAGUGCUAGUAAUAAGAUAGGUGUUUCAUCAGGAAAGCAGUUCUGUAUUGGCAAAGCCACUCUUUGUCUAUCAGGCAUUCGUAUUCCUCUUCUUUGGAAGGAUACAUCACUUACUCCCAAUGCUUCAUCGACGCUCAAUAGACUUUUGGAUCCUAAUUAUCAGUGGACAUCAGCAAAUCUUGGUGGUGGUUACUCUUCCCUCACCCUCACUCGUCAUCAACGACCUCUCUCGGCUGUCCUUUCAUCAAUGGGGAAUGCAAUCGGGGAGAAUACUGGAGAAUGGUGUUCAGCCUUCUGCAUUGUCCGUGUAGGUGAUCAGAUUAGAGAGACUCGUCUGCUCUGUGAGGUCCGGCCUGGAACUUCUGAUCUGGAAUUUGAUGAUGUGCUCACUUUUGAAAACGUUCUGCCAGACUUCGAAUGCACCAUAGAAGUGUAUGGGUAUCAGAGCACUGACCAGGGCUCAAUGAGUUUUUUGCGUCGCAAAUCCCGCGCGGAUACUGACUCUCUCGCUCAUCGUAAUUCCGUCUUUCUCGGUACUCUCACUCCUGAAUACACCAAAGUGAGUCCUUUCUCGUCCUUCUCCCCUCCCCCCCCCCACCCCCUACAUCCCCUCUUUUCUCCUGCUCUCUUUUUAACUAGCUCUGCAUUCGAUUGUUGUUUCACUCUUGUGGCUCGCUACAUAGCCAAAAUUGCUGAUCUGGGGUCAAAGGUCAAUGCACAUCAGUUGGAACUCCUCUCGGCACAGAAUCAUAACACCUCUCUUUCUCACCUCUUCUUCUCUUCUCCAUCCGCGUCGUCAUCGAGUAAUGUGAACUCCAGCAAUGUCAAUACCCUCCUCUCCACGGUAUCUGCUUAUCCCACUAGUGAGAAUGCUUUGCCAUUGUUUGGCCCAAUUUGCUUCUCACUGACUGCUCAACCGAAUUCUGUACACAAACCUUUGCGUUCUGGAUUACUUUUGAUUCGGACAGUGAACGAUGACGCCGAGACAGAUAUGGCAAAGCUGUAUUUCUGCGAAUUGCAGAACCAAUGUCUCUACGCGAGAAUGGUUAAGCCAACCUCAUCUUUAUCCACUAUUUUACCUAUUUCUUGUCUUAACUGUCUUGCUUUUUGGUUGCAGUCUCCGGUGAAAUGCGAAGAAAUCAGCCUCAGUGAAUCGCUGAGUGGAGUUAGGUUACGGAAUCCUAAAAUCGGCAUCCCAAGAAAACCUCAGUGCAAGUGGGAUCUCGUGGUUAAAGUCGAUCCCUCCACCCAAUUCCUUGAUGAUGAGCCUGUUUCUCGCGAACUUCCUCUUUUCCUGAAAUCCCUCACUGUUGAAGAACGGGAUCAUCUCUUCCUCAGUUCAUCGAAACCCGCGAAACAAAAUGGAGGAGAAGCAGUAUUGCCUAAGCCAAAACCUCGCCGCUCAAUGUCCAUGGGUGGUGGGUUUGCCAUUCCACCUAUUGCCGCCUCAUCUCCGGUCAAAGCAGUGGUGGAGGGAAGUGGUUUUCCAGUUUACGAUGGGAAAGAAAAUGGCGCAAAUGAAGGCGACAAAAGCAACAAGUGUCUAAAACUUCCCCGAAAUAAGAGCAUGAACGAAGUUCAGCAGCUACUGCUUUCACCCAAUCUCCCCCAUAGUUUGGUAAGAAGGAUGCCAACUCUACGUAUGUCUUCCAGGCUUUGUGUUGGGGAUCAAAAUUUGAGUCAGAAAACUGAUGAUCUGGAAGCAGAGAGUAUGGAAAGAGAAGUAACCCUUGAAGUGGCUGCUUUCGAUUCAUUCUUCUCAGCAAUUGAGGGUGGAAAUGAGGAGGAUAGUGUACCUUUGUUGGAUUGGAUAUCUGCUAUAAAGGAUCAUAUUGAAGAGCAAGUUGGUGGAGUUAGUUUAUUUAAAGGCCACGGAAUGGAGUCAUGUUAG